CAUGCGCCAACAUCCGGUCUCUUUUAUCCAAGAUGGGGCCCAAAGCUCGCAAGGAAGCACAGCGUAAAGCUGGGAAGAAGGGACCUGCACAGGUCGAGUCUGCUGCCAAGGUUGAAGCCAGAGCUAAGGCUGAGGCUAAGGCUAAAGCCAAGAGUGAUGCACUCAAGGCAAAGAAGAACAUCCUUCGUGGAGGAAUUGCCACUCGCAAGAGGAAGGUGCGCACACAGGUGACCUUCAGACGUCCCAAGACCCUGAAGACUCCCAGGGCCCCCAAGUACCCACGCAAGAGUGUUCCUAGCCGCCCAAAGCUUGACCAGUUCACCAUCAUCAAGUACCCUCUGACCACCGAGAGUGCCAUGAAGAAGAUUGAGGAGAACAACACGCUGGUCUUCAUCACUGCCCUCAAGGCCAACAAGUUCCAGAUCAAGACAGCCGUCAAGAAGCUGUAUGACAUUGAUGUUUCCAAGGUCAACACACUCAUCAGACCUGAUGGACAGAAGAAGGCGUACGUCAGACUAGCCCCAGACUACGAUGCCUUGGACAUUGCAAACAAGAUUGGAAUCAUCUAAACUACUGGAACAUUAUGGUUCAACGCAAGGAAGGGGACAGCACUUGGGAAUUCAUUUUCUCUCUUUAU